AAUAAGCCACUGAGAAAUACUUUAGUUAUACGUAUUUCACGAAGCGUAGUGGGCAGUUCUUCUUUGUGCCAUAUGAACUAGUUUUCUAUCAUUUAUGAUUAACUGAAAGAUAUAGUACUAUUUUCAUAUCUAUGUGAUCAACUGGUGUAUCAAAAAGGCAGUCUUCAGCUGAGUUUGAUUUUCCAUUUUCACAAUGACUGCUGCGUCUCCUGUCAAGUCAUCACCACUCCAUGUUGUGUCACCUCUAGUUCCAAGCAACAUGUUGUCUGUUGUGUGUGGCCAACAAGCUUUACUCAAGCUGGAGAACAUUCAGCCAUCAGGGUCUUUCAAGAUCAGAGGCAUUGGACAUUAUAUUCAAAAGAGCACUGAAAAGGGAUGUGCCCAAGUAAUUUCAUCAUCAGGAGGCAAUGCAGGGAUGGCAGCUGCUUACUCUUCCAAAGUUCUGAAAAUUCCAGCUACAAUAGUGCUUCCAAUGUCCACUCCUUCAUUCAUGAUAUCAAAGUUAAAACAAGAAGAAGCAGAUGUUUUAGUUCACGGUGAAGUGUGGGAUGUUGCUCAUAAAAAGGCAAUCACCAUGGCCAAAAAUAAGAAGUGUUGCCUUGUCCAUCCUUUUGACCAUCCAGAUAUUUGGGAAGGACACAGUACAAUUGUUGAUGAAAUCCUGGAACAGAGCACUGAAGCACCUGCUGCAAUUGUUGUCUCUGUGGGUGGUGGUGGUCUACUCUGUGGCAUCUUGAGUGGCUUACACAGACAUGGUGCUACUGAUAUUCCUGUGGUGGCAAUGGAGACAGAGGGUGCUCAUUGCCUUAGAGCAGCCUUAGAUGCUGGAAAGCCAGUUUCCAUUGGGGAAAUCCCUAGCAUUGCAAAGACUUUAGGUGCACUGUGUGUGACUCAAGGUGUGUUUGAUCUCAAGGAAGGCAUUCAGCUGUCAUCUCAUGUUGUAUCAGACAAACAAGCAGUAGAGGCAUGUAUCAACUUUGCAGUGGGCCUCUCUCUGCACCAGCCUGUCUUGGGCACAGAAGACCUUGGAAGGGGAACUUUCACUGACACCUACCUUUCCAAGCCACAUGGAGGCCUGUGGAAGGAUUUCACUGAGUCUCUGUAGCCUGUCCAUGAGAGAAGCAUACUUUCCAGCCUGAUGGGGAUCUCUCACUGCUGUCACACACACAGGAAGAGAGACACACAAGCUCUUGCUAGACAUGCUGUUUAUUCACCAAACUGCACAGACAGCUUACCAUUACCUGACUAACACUUGCACGCCACAGCAAUCCUCCAGCAACUCCACAUACACUCAAUGUCCUGGCACUCAGUCUCAUCAUGAUGGAGAGGCACUCACAACAGCACAGAAGUACACACAACGGAGAAGGCAAGCAGGAGCACAUGCAGGUUCAUCCCUCAGUGUGGUGCACCUCCAACUCUGAGCAUGGUGCUGCUCCAACUGCCCCCUUUAGCGACACACUGCUCCCGCCAACUCCCACUCUUCUCUCUCCCCCUUACCCACACUCUCAUGAACAGACAGACAUACACACACACACACACACACAUACACAUAGGGAUGUAUAAAUAAUAAUAUUUGAAAUUUCCUAUCUGUUUACCAAGCUCAGAUCCCCUAUGAAAGGGGAUUUGUUGAAGCAUAUUGUGCUUUUUUUCAUAAUGAGAACAAAAAGCAGAAGAGAGGAUCCCCAAUCCCCUCACUCCUUCUCUUUCAGUCAUCUUUUACAAUGUGCAGAGAAUAUGGGAGCAGCAUUUUUCUCUCUGUUACAAGGAUAACAUCUGAAACAAUGUCAGAAUUUAAAUACAAUCUUUUAUAGUUAUGCUUUCAUAACUAUAAAAUUAUUUCAUUCAUAAGUGAAUCAGUGAGUCACUCAGUCUGUUAGGUUAGUGAGCAAGUCAGUCAGUGAAUCGGUAAGUGAGUGAGUUGGUCAUUGACUGUCAGUAAGGGAAUCAGUCAGUGAGUGAGUCAGUCACUGAGUGAGGGAAUCAGUCAGUGAAUCAAAGAGCUUGUUAGUUUGUUAGUGAAUCAGUGAGUAAUUCCAGAGAAAAGUGUCUCACAGUGAGUGUGUGCACACAUGAGGAAGCUCUACCCUCCCAUGACCACUCACCUGAUGUCACACCCAUACCACCUGGCCAGAAUUCCCCUGGGAGUAAUAACCCAACUUCCAGUCCCCUCCCCAUCCUGGAUUCUUGGUCUCUCUCUUCUCCCCUCCACCACAGCCACUCACCUCUUCUGGGUAGUGGUAGCAAAUGUACUUCCAUCAUGGCAGCACACUGAAAAAUUGUAAGGAUUGACCACCCAGGGUACAAGCCACAAAGAUGGUGUGCAGUCUGUGGCUUGUUGGCCGCAAAAAGCCAUUCCUGCAUCUGUUGUGAUGGUGAAACAGACUGUCGCAUUGUGUGCUACAUUACAUGCCUGGAUGAUAGGGAUGUAUGCAUGGGCAGCAAAACCCAGCAGCUGCAUCAAGAGGUCGACAUAGACAUAGUUGUGCUGUACGAAAACGAAAACAUCAAGGAAGCACCAGACACCCGCUCCCUCUGCUGUGAAUGAUGACACACGAGCGACAGGAAUACACAGCAAUGGAGAAGGAGGAACUGGUAUCCAACACCUUCCAUCAAAAAGAAGAGAUCUUGGGAAACAAGGACAUCAUUCAGUCACUCACACUACAGCAUGACUGGAUAAUAGAGAAAAAGCACAGGUGCUAGAUAUCCUAAACAUAAUUAAAGCAUUAAGUGAUGCAAGAGAUGCUGAUGGGAGGAGUAGCACCCACAUCAUAGCUGCUACUGCCACCGCAGCAUCAAUCAAUAAUUCAUGGGUGAAGCCAUCUACCUCAUCGCAGAGGUGGAAACAAUGGUGGGAGUCUGACAACCCAAAGCAUCUCUGCCCCAGCUGCCUUAGAUAAACACCUCCCACCACCACCACCAUUACCUCACCCACCGCCACCACCACUGCUGCCACUCCCUCUCCCACCAACAUCACUGCUUCUCCCACCACCACCAGCUCCGCCAGCUUCACUACAACUACAGCCUCAACUUCUAUCCUCCACACCUCCCCCACAACACAAAAACCAGGCAGUAGUCAGAAAUACCACAGAUACUUCAGGUGGAAGGAGAUAACAAACAAGAAAAUAAAAUAUAGGCAGAGAAGCAAGGACUACACAAGUAAGAUCCCAACCUGCUGCCCAAAAUGCCCCCCACUGCAACCUCAUUACCCCCUCCCACAGGCCACAGCCACAGAAACUGUGAAUACUGCCUGUGUCCCAGACAUUCAAGGGAAAUAGGUUAUUCACAUGUGGAGAUGCUAGGCAGUAAGCCAUCCUGAGGAAGGUGUUAGUGGAAGGAAGGAGAAAUAGGCAUCCCCCUCAUCCAAGCCCCUAGCCUCAAGCACCCUUUUGUGUCUCCAGGUGGUAACAUGAGCAAUGGGAGGAGCAGCCAAGGUACUACCAGCAAAAAUGGACAUCAUCCCAAUGGGAGGGAGGAUAUUAACAACCCAUCUGUUUGAGGGAACCAUGGCCACUCUUCCCAUCUUACAGUCAUGUCAGACAAUGUUAGAGCUCUCCAUACUAACGUUGGAGAUCUCUCACACAACUUUGUUGUACUUUGCCAAAGAGCUGACAUUGGGACAGUGAGUGAAACAUGACUGAAUCACCAAGUGGAAGUGUCAUUUGGAAAAAUAAAUGGCUGCAUGAACUGGGUGAAGGACUGUGAUGGCAGAAUAGGUGGAGGUGUGGCUGUGUGUUUUGAAAGUGACCACCAGACCCAAGAGCUGUCAGUCAACCUGCCUCAGUUGAUGGUAGCACUACUCUUCUGAAUAGCAUUAAAAGACAAUAGUGGUUUGCUACUCUGUGUAUUAUACCAUUCCUCCAGGCAAGAUUGCUCCUCUCGACUUUCUGGUGGAGGAACUGGACAACUUGCACCAAUGCCACAGCUGCAAUAAUGUCCUCACCAUGGGGGAUUCAAAUUUCCCUCUGGAGCAGCAAGCACACAACAUCUUAGUGGCAGUGUCAUGCCUUAUCAAUCAUGUCACAUUCCAGACCCAUGAAAGGGGAGGGCUAUUUGACCCAGUGUUGUCUGACCUCCCUGAGGAAAGAAUAACAUGUCAGUAGCUAGGAAAAGUGAGAAGUUCUGACCACCACACUGUGCUGACAAAAAUAUAGCUCAGUGUGACAAGGGAAAGAGCUGCACCUCAAACCAUCUAGCUGUGAGAACAGGCCAGAUGGCAAGAUAUGAGGCAUGCACUGAUAGCCACAGACUGACAGGUAACACUCACAGGAGACAUGGAGGAGAAGGGUCACACUGUCAUCUCUCACCUGCUCAUCUUCCAGGCCUGGUAUGUCCCUCACUGCACAUACCUUGCCAAAGCCACAAACCCUCCCUGGUUUGGCUACUGGUGCCAAACAGUCGCCAAGGCCAAACACGUAACAUGAAAGAGAUUCAAGCAGCACUCCUCACACCACAACUAUGCCAAACUGCUUGUAAGAAGAUGACAGUGACCUCCAAGUGGGCGAGGAAGCACUGGGAGGAGGUUGUAAGGAACAAGCUCACUGGCCUAGGAGUUGGCAAGCGGCAGGGCGUGAUGUGGCAGGACAGGCAGGGCGGAUCCACCACCACGAGCAGUGGGGACAAGACUGCUCUCCUGGCUGAACUAUUUGCAAAUAAAAUGCAAGUUCAGGACCCACCUGACCUCCUCCAGUGAUGCCAUGGGAGACAGCCCACACCAUCACUUCAGUGCCCAUCACCAUGGAAUUGAUGGAAAAAGCACUUGGGAAACUGGAUGUAGUGGAUCCAAAUGAGAUCAGCCCCUGGAUCCUAAAACAAUGUGCCAGGGAGCUGUCAGUUCCUCUCACUGCCAUCUAUACUGUUUGCCUGGCAGAGAGAAAGUGGCCAGCAUCCUGGAAGAAGGCAUAUGUGAUCCCUGUGCACAAAAAUUAAUCUAGGUCUGACCCAAGUCACUACAGACCCAUCUCCCUGCUGUCUGUGAUGGGUAAGGUGUUUGAGAGGCUGGUGGCAUUAGUCAUAUGGCAACACCUGAACGAACAUCUGCUUCUCUCACCCCACCAGUUUGGGUUCCAGUUAGGCCACCCCACCUCCGACCUCCUCCUCCUCUUCUUCACACAAGAAUGGCAGGACACCCUUGAUGAAAGCCGGGACAUUCUCAUAGUGUCCCUUGAUAUUGCAGGGGCUUACAACGGAGUAUGGCACUCUGACCUGCUGGCUAAACUCUAAGCCAAGGGAAUCAACAGCAGCCUCUUGAUGCUACUCAAGGAUUAUCUCCCAGAAAGGACACUUCAGAUAGUUGUUAACAGAAAGACAUCAUCUCCCAUCCAUAUAGAAGCAUCAGUUCCAUAGGGCUCAGUGUUGGGACCAGUCCUUUGGAAUAUCUACAAAAGACAACCUACUGCACCAACUUCCUGCAGUUAGGGCUUAUACCAACAACUGCACAAUCUCCUUCUACUGCCGGCAGGACAGCCACCACACUGAGUCCAAUAUUAACCAACAGCUGAAAGCAGGAGAGUGGGGGAAGGUGUGGCAAGUCACGUUCAUGCUGGACAAGACACAGGUGAUGGUCAUCUCAUGAUCCCCUGCUGGCUCAUAGGCCCUGAAAGGAUAGUUUUUUUUUUUUUCUUUUUUU